UUUGCAUUCGGAACUCAUUAGUUCUCAUGAUCUACUUGGUCUACUGCUGCGUGAGGAAGCCCGCCUGAAUUCAGAGAGAACUAGCUCCCUAACUGCCACUGCAUUGGCAGCUACCCGGUCGGGUGCAGGGGGAACCCGGUCGGGUUUGCCAGACAGUAGGGGUGACUUUGUAUCCAGUUCACGCCCAAUUUGCCAAAUCUGUCAAAAAACAGGUCAUGAAGCCGUCAAUUGCUGGCACAGGGCAAAUUUUGACACCUAUCCUGAGACCAAGCCACGACAACCUUCUCGUCGUGGACAGCAGCAGCCCCGCCGUGGACAGCCGCGUCGUGGUCCGCAAUCUCAAGCUUCCAUGCCGGGUUCUGUCUAUAACACUCAAGCUCCUCCAGCUCUCAAUCCUAUUCCUUUACCGCCAGGCCAGCAAGCUUAUCAGGUUCAGAAUCCUCCUUCAACUCUACUUGACCCGUGGUGUUUUGAUUCUGGCGCAACAAAUCAUGUCACAGCUGAUUUUGGUAAUCUCUCUGUUCAUUCCAAUUACACCGGUAAUGAAGGGUUACAAGUUGGUAAUGGAUCUCCAAGGACGGACGUUACUCACCGGACGCGUUGAAAAUGGACUGUAUCACCUUCAACCACCCCAUACUACAUCUCCCUCUCCUCGCAUUUACCUCGGUGAAAAGACGUCUCUCCAAACUUGGCAUCACUGUUUUGGACAUCCACAUGAGUCUGUUUUGCGUCGAUUAGUUUCUAGAUUUAAUUUACCUAUUUCUUCAAAUAAAUUAUCUUCAAUUUGUGAAUCUUGUCAAUUAGGGAAAAGUCAUCGACUUUCCCUAACUAGUACUCACUCAUCUAGUUUGCAUCCUUUUGAUUUGAUUUAUUCUGAUGUGUGGGGCCCAGCCCCG